CUGAGGGUGGAGCAGUACAGACAGCCAAACUGGAAUACUGAGUGUUCAAUCUGCAGUGAGUACAGAAAAUGGCGCCUGGAUCAGAGGACAAUCUCCGCUGUCCUGUGUGCUACGAUAUCUUUAAGGAUCCAGUUCUUCUUUCAUGCAGCCACAGCUUCUGUAAAGUUUGCCUCCGGAGGUGGUGGAGAAGGAAAGAAACACUCGAGUGUCCUGUUUGUAAGCGCGUCUCUGGGAGGAAACACCCACCGUGUAACUUAGCACUGAAGAACCUGUGUGAGGCCUUUUUGCUGGAGAGCGAUCAGACGUCUGAGGCUCUGUGCAGCCUGCACUCAGAGAAACUCAAACUCUUCUGUUUGGACCACGAGCAGCAAGUGUGCUUAAUCUGCAGAGACUCCGAAAAUCACGCCAACCACAAAUUCAGACCCAUCGAUGAAGCGGCGCGUGAUCACAGAGACGAGCUCCAAAAAUCCCUGAAGCCUUUACAGGAGAAACUGAAGCUCUUUGAACAAAUUAAAAGAAAUUACACACGAACAACAGAACACAUUAAAGUCCAGGCUCAAGACACAAGGAAGCAGAUUAAGAAGCAGUUCAAGAGGCUUCACAGGUUUCUAGAAGAGGAAGAGGAGGCCAGGAUCGCUGCUGUGAGGGCAGAGGAAAGGCAAAAACAUGAGGUGCUGAAGGAGAAGAUGGAGGUUCUGAGAAGAGAGAUGGCAGCUCUUUCACGAAUAAUCAGAGCAACAGAGGAGGAGCUGAGAGCUGAAGACACCUUCUUCCUGCGUAACUACAAGGCUGCAGUAGAAAGGGUCCAACAGCACCGCUUGCUGGAUGAUCCAGAGCUGCACCGAGGUGCUUUGAUAGACCGGGCUAAACACCUGGGCAACCUGACCUUCAACAUCCUGAACAGGAUGACUGAGGCCAGCUCCUUCACUCCUGUCAUUCUGGAUCCAAACACUGCCCAUCCAAGACUUUCCCUCUCUGAAGAUCUGAGUGGCGUUAAAUGGGGAAAAAGACCGGAGCGCCCCAACAACCCGGAGAGGUUCAGCAGCUUCUGCAUCGUCCUCGGCUCUGAGGGCUUUAAAUCAGGGGUCCACAGCUGGGAAGUUGAGCUUGAACACAGUCCACACUGGAUCCUGGGUGUGGCAUCAGAGUCCAUCCAAAGGAAAGGGCGGUUAGGCUCGCAAUCCGGGUUAUGGACAAUGGUGUUUCAUAAAGGUAAAUACAAAGCAUCCUCGCCAUCAGAUUCAGUCUUUGUUCUUCCAGUGAAGAAGAGGAUGAAGAGGGUCAGAGUUUGCUUGGAUUGUGACACAGGGGUGCUGAGUUUCUCUGAUCCUGACAGGGUCAUACACAGCUUCUCAUGUACCUCCACCGAGGCACUGUUCCCACUCAUAGGCACAAAUGAUAAACAUAUUUUGAAGAUACUACCGGAUACCAUAAUAUUACUAAAUAAUACCUUUUAGAAUGAUGAUGAUGACAAAGGGUAUAAUGACUUUAAAUAUGGUGAUUACGAUGACAGCUUUGUAUUUUUAUGUUGGUGAUGAUUAGACUCUAAGAUGGAUGUUUUGAAGCCUUUAGUCUGGUCAAAAGCGACCAUAUAUGGAUGAUGGUGGAGUACCAUGUUAUCAGUUUAAAGUUGGCUAGCUUGGUUGGUUUCUGGACGGUCACAUAUUUUUGUAGUUUUGCUUCGGUCCACCACCUCAAACAACCAACAGGUGAUUGAAAUGCAGGUUUAAGUCAAGUGGUUCCACAAAAGUAUCAACUACCAUUUUUAUUCAUAGUCCCCCAUUUUUCAGAGGCUCAAAAGUGGCUGAACAAACUUACUAAACAAUUUAAAUCAUAUAGACUGUUUUUAAUACUUGGAUGAAAAUCCUUUCCAGUCAAUGACACCCUGAAGUCUAGAACCCAUGGGCAUCACCAAAUGCUGUUUCCUCCCUUGAGAUGCUGCUAGGGGUUUGCUGCCUUCAGUUGCUGCUUGUUAUUUUCCUGCACACUUCACAGUUCAUCCUGUUACUUCUGUCAGCAUUCACAUCAUCAGUAAACACUGGGGACCUGUUUCCAAUAGCAGCCAUACAUGCAAAUGCCGUAACAGUCUCCAUGAUAUUUGACAGCUGUUUCUGUCUCUUAUGAUUCUACUACAAGUUCUUCUUGGUUUCAUGAGUCCAGACAUUUUUCCAUAACUGUGCAGGUCCUUUUAGAUGUUUCUGGUAAAGUUUAAUCAGACUUUCUUGUUCUGAAGUGUAACCCGUGGUUUGCACCUUGUUGUGAACCAUCUGUAUUUACGUUCAUGAAGUUGUUGUUACAAAGUUGUUUUUCUCAUCCAUGGAAAUAAUUCUGUGGUCAUCCACCAUAGUUGUCUUACGUGGUCUUUCGGGCCUUUUUGAUGUUGCUAAGUUACUCAGUUCAUUCCUUCUUUUAUAAAAAUGCACCAGAUUGUUGAUUUGGCCACUGCUAAAGUUUUUGCUGUGAGGUUUCUUUGGGUUUUUCAGUUUAUUGAUCCCUCCUUUACUUGCAUUAACAUCUCUUUGGACCUCAUAUUGAGAAUUCCAUUGAACUGCAACUCCAGAUCUUUUAUCUGUCUAAUUUGUCAUGGAAUAAUCAGAGAACAGGGUUCACCUGGCCGUGAAACUGAUCAGUCAAUUGUCCAAUUACCUUAGAACCUUUGAAAAUGAGGGACUGUGAAAGUCUGUAAUUCCUAAACAGUUAAAUACUUUUGUUUAAAAGUUUGCACUCCAAUCACAUCUUGAUUAUUCAAUUUAAAAUCUAUUAUGAUAAUACACAGAGGCACAUCACAAAAAUUGUGUCAUUGUCCAUCAAUCUAUGGACCUAAAUUACUAGUUCAUAUUAGUCCUUGGAUGGAUUAUUAGUACAAUUAGAGGCAAAGCAAGGAGCUCCGAAAAGCAGCAACAACAGAGGUUCAGUUCAGGUCAGUAAAGGUGAGACCUAGCAAACAGGUAGCAGCUACGACACCCACCUGUCAGCAGAGACAGCACGCAGAGCCAAAAAAGUGAAACUAAGUGCCUUAAACCUGCAUUCUUUCUAAGAGCCAGCAAGAGGCGACUCAUUCUGAGACAAAAACAUGUCUGAUUGUCCAGCAAAACAAACCUUUUACCGCCCUAAAUCUAAAACCUCAGCAACUACUUAGUUUCACACCUUAUUGGAUACAACAUGAAGUUAACUGUGGUCACCACUGCAGUCAAAAAGCUGGAUAAAGCAGGGCGCGAU